GCAGCUGAGCCGGUCGUCUCUUAUGCAGAAGAUUGUGAUAUGAUUUUCAAGUGAAAUAACUGAUGCAUCAUUCCAGACUUUAGACCAGUGACUCGGGCAGAGGGAGCGUCGUUUGGGUGCACAUGAAGCUGUAUUGACAAGGUCAACACAGAAAAUAGUGAGAUGGCUGCUUACUUCCAGGCCGAGAAUGUAGUAGAUCCUUCAUUGUUAGGAGCGUUGGUCGGGCCGAUGUUGUCCGUGUCAGGCGGUCAGCGGUCUGGACAGACAGACGAGUUUACCGGAGCGCCCUGUCCCCAUCUCGGUAUUCCCUUAGGCUUACGGCCCUGGGCCCAAGACACCCCAGCCCCACCCUUCAUCAGCGCUGACGUCGACUACGCCACGGAUGAAAGCGGGAACCUCAAGUUCACGGACAAAAUCCACUCCCGGACCCUGGCUGAGGGCCUGCGCCGACUCGUCAACACCAAAGCCGGGCCCACCGACCUGACAUGCCACCUCACCGAGCGCGGAUGCGCGAAGGUCUUCAAAAGCGAGUCCCUCAUCUACGACUACGAGUGCGAGGACGUGUUCAAGAAGAUACGGAACUUGCGUCUGGCGGGAAAGUUCUGCGACUUGACCGUGAAAGUCGGGAAGCUGGACAUCCCGUGCCACAGGAUGGUCCUCGCGGCCUUCAGUAACUACUUCGAGCUGAUGCUCUUCGGAGACUUCGUGGAGAGCAAGAACGACUACAUCUGGCUUCGGGACGUCUCGGCUCCGAUCGUGAAUGAGAUCAUGGACUACGCGUACUCCGGGGAGAUCACCAUUACCAGUAAGAACGUGGAGACACUGAUGCACGCCAGCUCCAUCUUCCAGCUCAUGCCGCUCGCCAAGGCCUGCUGCGAGUUCCUCCGCCGGCAACUGGACGUGGAAAACUCGGUCGGGAUCAUGAAGUUCGCCGAUCUCUACACGCGCAAGAAACUCGCUGAAGAGGCACGAGCGUACAUCUUAGAGAACCUGCCACAAGUCUCGUGUUCGGAAGACUUCCGGCAGUUGACUCUAGAUGACAUGGAGAGCAUAGUGACAGACAGGGCCUGCAGAUGGGGGAGGGAAACCGUCUUCGAGGCCGUCUUGAAGUGGGUAAGACCGGACGAGACGGGUCUCAAGGAGCACCUUCCACAACUACUGAAGAAAAUGAAACUAAGACUGAUGAAUAAGGGAUACCUGGAGAACACAGUGAAGACUUCGGCGGUAGUUGUGAGGUCGAAGGAAGCCAUGGAGGAAGUGGCGAAGGUAGAAAACGAAAUCAGUGAACAUAAGAAGAAAACCUUUUCAACUCAGGUUGUAGUACAGGUAGGAGGGAUCAGUGGAGGAGAACAGCCGGGCUGUCAGAGUGACAAAGUCAGCCAUAUUGACGUCCUGGAGCCGGAGAGUAGGUGUUGGGCCAUCAUCUCAUCCAUCCCCGACAGAAUCAAGUACUGCUGCCACGCCGUCUCAGCCUGGGACAACGACAUCUACAUCUUGGCGACCUUCGACGACAAGGGGCGGUCCGAGUUUUGGCGUUUCGCGACGCAGACGAACGUUUGGUACCGGCUGCCCGACCCUCUCCUCCCGCACCAGGGGCGCGUGCGCCUCGAGACGCUGCACGGUCGCGUCUACGCCAUCGGAGACAUGAUGCAGGUAUCAAGUUACGAAGACUGUUUCGAGGCUUACGACCCCAGUACGAACACGUGGAACAAACUGCGGAGAAUCCUCAAAUCUGUGAGGAAAAUCGCAACAGCGGUCUGCAGGGGGAAGUUGUUCGUCUUUGGUUACGAAGGAGACGACCCGCAGGAGCGUGCGAUGGAGGUGCAGUGUUACGAUCCUGGGAGCGACACGUGGGACGUGGAGUCGGUGAGCUCGUACCACGGCGGGAAGAGGCAGUACCAGGCCAUCGGCCUCGGUAGUAAGAUCUACAUGAUGCCCAUAUUAGGCAGGUUCUUCACCAUGUGUGCCUACGACGUCGACCUCAUGGACUACCUCAAAGUCCCCGCCCCGAAGAACAGCCACCUGCAGUGCGGCAUGACGACGCUAGGGGACGGAAUCAUCAUCACCGGUGGAAGGGACACCUUCGAGGCGGCGUACCUGACCCCGGCUUUUGAGUACUACGACCCGGCGGUGGACAGCUGGGAGAUCCUCGGCAUCCAGCCCAACCACAUCCGCCGGGCACACAGCUGCGUCACGGUCAACAACUGCCAGUGGAUCCAGGCCAGGGUCGAGAAAGCCAAGAAGGCGCCAACUCUGUUAGACACUGUCAACGUGCCAACUAUGUGGGGCCGGGCGACGGCACCCAUAUACCGGGAAACAACUGCGCAACAGACUGAAGCACUUCUUUAG